AGCAAACAGAUACUGCCUCGAGGUCUUUGGAAAUUAGCACAUUUCAUUCUGUUUCCCUUUGUCUCAAAGAAGAUAAAGAUGUUAAAGUUGUUGAUUCCAGUGACCUUUCUUCUGUGUACAAUGAGUUGUUUACCUGUUUUCAAAUCCCAGCACCGCCUUGCAGAUAAGUCAAGCAGCAAUGAGUUUUUGCCAUGUCGUCCUGUUCACAAAGGCGCAUCACAACUACAAAACUGGCGUUUCCCGUUCCACUCCUCAUACAGAUUUAAAUACCAACCUGGACAGGGUAUUGUUCUCUAUCGGCGUCCUCUGUGUCCCAUAAAACCUGUUCAUACUUCAACAUCAAGACCAUGCACCAAAAGGACCAGAGCCAGACCAUGGACUUCAACCAAGAUGACUACGUUGAGCACUAGCAUGACAUCGGUCUUGCCAACACUUUCUGCUGUUUCCUUAACUACAGGCAACAUAGCAGUUACAACAACUUCAUCCAUUACAUCAUCAACACCCUUGUCUGCCACCACUACAGGCCCUACUACAACCACAACUCCUAGAACAGUGUCUACUACAACCACACCUACAACGGUGUCUAUUACAACCAAACUUUCUACAACUGUCACUACAAAUACAACUAAUGGAAGGGGUGACAACAGAAAGUGAAUGUAUUAAUUACAAUUAUAAACCUGUCAAGUUGAGUAGAACCCAAAUGCUGUCUUCUGAUUGGUUGCUGUACAGGGCAUUAACUGCCAGGAAAUGCCCUCAAAAUGUCCACACAACAGUCACCGAUAAAGUACAGUAAGGUAUCAAUCUGCCAAAAAGAACAUCUAGUAAUAUAACUGUCAGCUGUCAGAAACACAACAUAAAAAUGAAAGAAAAAAAAAAAAAAACACUGUACAAGAUCCAACACUGCAAAUUCUUUCAGAAGCAGAUGGUCUCCAAACCCGUAAAAUAAUGGCUAUAACAGGUCACAAAAACGAGUCCUCUAUAAAAAAUUACUGGGCUCCAUCUCUAUCCAACAAACGAGAAUUAAUGUCCACCAGCCAUCAAUAGUUGAAAAUCAGCAGCUGCCCAUUGAAAACCCGAAGACUCAAUGUCUUGCUGCACCCCCAGAAAACUCAGCCCGAACA